UGUACACAUGAUUUUAAAUUCGCUGUACUUUUAACUAAGUUAGCUAGAUCUAGAUUCUAGAUCUAGUUUAUCUACAAUUACUAAAACUGUUAUAUUUCCUAAAAGAAUAUGUCUCACCCCAAGAGGUUUAAAAAAGCUGAAUCGGAACACGACCAGUUGCCCGGCCUUGGAGAUCACUCUCCAGUUUUAUUUCUAAGAUGCCACAGUCAAAGAGAAGGGGAUGAAGACACAAAAAUUUGGAAGUGUGCCUUUGAACCAUCACUGGAGCACCCUGGUGAAACUACAAAUAAUCUUGCGACUUGUGGUGGGAAGACAGUGUGCAUUAUUGAUGUCAGCACACAGAAGGUUCUGAAACGCUUCAAGGAUAAGGAUAAAAAUGAAAAUUUUUACACCCUGGCGUGGACCACGAUAGAAGCUGCCAACAAAGAAAAAGUCAAUAUACUUGCUGUGGCUGGCGAGGCAGCCGCAAUAAAGCUGAUAUAUCCCAACCAGCUUCACAUGUAUGCCAUCAUUUAUGGGCACAAGAAGUAUAUCAGUUGCUUGUUGUUUCACCCUACUCUAACACGCCUGUUGUUCAGUGGUUCAAAGGAUGGUUUUGUUUAUCUGUGGGACAUUGGAAUCCCUGACAGGGCCCCGAUUUCAAGUUAUGAUCCACUGUUGAAGAUAUCCCUCCAAGACUCUGUUGGUGAUGCGCUGAACCUGAUCUUCUGUGAACAAUCCCAGCUGCUGAUAGCAGGGGCUGAGAGGGGCUGUGUAGGGUGGGUGGUGGCUGACUGUCAUUCUCUGACACCGGUCAGGCGUGCUAAGGUCAUUGAGCGGGCAGAUAUAGUUUUUCAGCAUCCAAAAUGUCGGUCUGUUACUAUUGAUGGACUGAUAAGUUUACAUGGUGAUCUUGUAGCCACCAAGCAAGUGGGAUCCGGAGAGAUUCUAAUAUGGGACUUGGCAAAACAUUUAGAGAAGGAGAAGAGAGAGGUGGUGCUAGAGCCUCUCAUCAAGCUGAAGUACCCCCAGCACAGUGUCAAGUACCUGAACUUGGGGUAUAGUAAUGGUCUUUUGGCUGUAGGUGACCAUCAAGGAAAUCUCUUGCUGUACAACUUACAGAACAAACUUUUUGACUACCAUUUAGACAAGGACAACACAUAUGAAGCCUCCAAUAUUCUCAAAUGGCCAGUUAUUGAAGGUACACCAUCAACUGAAGCACCGCGUCUGGGUUUGGUUGUGAAUACCGUUGCAGUCAGCAGCUGUCACAAGUACGUCACAGGCGGCACCGACAACAACCUGGUCUGCAUCUGGCAGAAGGACGAAGAGGAAACGGAAUGACAGGCCUGAGUGUACAGCUGUUAAUCCUGUAAUCUAAUGUACAUCAUCGUAAAUUGAGAAGUAGAAUAUGUUUGUUUUACAUACAUCUGACAUAAAAUUCACUUACAGUGUGUUCAUUGAUUUUUUUUUUCUAUUUGGCUUCGCUGUUUGCUAGCUGACUCAGAGUGGUUAAAAAAGCGAAAGAAAAAUUAAAAAUGCAUUUAUUUAUUCUGAUACAGAUGAAUUGGUAUAUAAGUACAUUAUUGUAUUUUAUUUUGUACUUUAAGUACAUUGGUGGAAAAAGGCAGAAAAGUCUAGUGUACAAAAUUUAGAGAUACAAGUGUUGCUUCAAAUUUUUUAUUUUAGAAACACACAAAUAUCAAUACAAGGAUUUCAUAAUAUAAUGUAUUAUAAAAUAUAACAAAUUUUUAUUUAGUUAGAAGCUGAAUUAAAUUUCUUUUUUGUUAUUAAACUUUAUAAAUGUACCUUUCAGACCAUUGAACCAGACUCGACCUCUAUCAUAUUUAAAUAAAACGUGUUAUUUUUUAUUUAAGUUUGAUUUUUAUUUGUUUAGCUGCCUGUGCAUAGAAGGAUAAUGCUCAGUUAUUUUUUUUUUUAAAUCACACUCAACUUGCCAACAGUAUUAAUUUUUUUCUAGUUAUCUUUUAAAAAAUAUUAAAUUUUGAGUUCUGGUUGUAACUUAAUUUCUGUACUGAUAUAAUUACAUCUGCUGUAAAAGAAUUAGAUUGAGAGCAUAUCAUGUGCUGUAAAUAUGUAGAUUUUAUCUGUUUCAUAUUUUAGGCUUUUAAAAAAUAUUUCCGGAAAUAUUUUAAUAAAAUUAACAUUCAUUAGUUAUAUUAUCUUGUAAGUUCUAUGAGAAUACCCUGAAGUGUGUAUAUCAUCUGGCUUAUCGGUCAGAUUUGUGGUAUGAAAAAAAGAUUUUUUUACACUAUGUGGUUAGUUUUGCAUGUUGUGAUUAACAAUCUAUAUAUAGGCUGAACAUGGCUGGCCAUUGCAUAGCCAAGCCCAAUAUUUGGUUUGUGUUUCAAUCGUUGCAUUGAUUUGUUAAAAAUCAUCUUUUAAAGUGUUGAGCUGAUUGAGGUUAUAAUUAUAUUUGUGAAACUUUGUUUUAAGAUCUGGAAUGUUAUUUUAUUGUUGAAUUUUUAAACAGAAUGUAUUAAAAAAAUUAUAAAUUCCUUUUAGAAAUAGAGGUAUAUGAGCUAUUGUUUCAAUAGAUCUAUAAAAAAUAAAAGUCAGAAUUACAUAUUUUUAUCAUAUCAUAAUUUGAUAUGCAUUUUUCUAUGUAAUAUUCCUAAUUCUUUUUACUGCUAUGAUUUUUUCACUUCUAAUUUGAAAAAGACUUGAAAUAUAAGUAGUUUUUUUUUUUCAUUUGAGUUUUGAAAGAAUGCUACUGUAUUUUUAAUUUGUAGUAGUAAUGUAUUUAGCUUUAUAUUAAAUAUGUAAUGUACCUAGCAUUAUGUUGAAAUGUUAUUGUUUCCAACCUAAUCUGCAAACACAAUAUUUACAAACAUGUUCACAUCUUUGAUGUGUAUGUACGCAUUAAAAAAAGGUUUUAUUUAAACCAUGAUUACACUGGAGCAAUUAAAUACCAUGCACACCAUUAUUUGCACGCUUUGUAAUUUUUAUUCAGGGCUGGGGGUGGUGGGGUGUAAAAAAAAAUAUUUCUGUAAGUCAUAUGCAUUUGUCUCAAAAUAUUAAACAAAAUAUUUGUCACGCCCUACUUAUAGCUUUAUAUUUAUUUAAAAUUUUUACUGUAUAAAAUCUUUUGUUAAAUGCUCUAAUUUAAUUAAAAUUGGGUUAUCAUUAUCAGCUGUAAAUUUUCAACAAUCAUGAUAAUAAAAUUAAAAACUAAUCCAGGGCUUAUGAUAUGUUAGUUAUAAUUUUUGUCAAAGUUCACUUCAUAUAAAAUAUUAACUAUUAGAAACAUGCACAUGUGCUUACAUGCAAUUAUAAAUGAUAGUUCGAGUAUAAAUUUUUUUACAAAUUUUGGUAUUGUUUCUCAUCUUUAAAAUGUAACAUGUGAAUAAAGUACCAUUUGCUAUGUUAUUAUGAUUGCAUUUUUUUUCAGCCCUUUGUGAUGGGUUUGUACUAGUAAUAAGUGCACCUUUAAACUGUAUUAAAUUGGUUCAUUUUUAAAAUUAAAAUAAAAUAUAUUAUGGUUAUUUCCCCUGUUUAUUACUAUUUUUUUUAAAUCAGGGGUACUAUUUUGAAAUUUGAUUUCCUCUACAAAAUAUCUUCAUUUUUUUUUUAAAUUAAUUUAACAAAUAAGGGUAGUCGAGCACUAUUCACAAUUUUUUCAAUAAACAGAUUUUAUUUGAAAAUGUAAUUGUCACCUAGAAUAAUAAGUUAAAAGGAGAAUCAUAGCCAACAGUAAUAUUUUAACCUUUGGUGUGGUGUUGUAUUAUUGUUAUAUGUUGACUGAAGAAGUUGAUAUUGUGCUAUCCUGGUUCAAUAAAUUAUUUGAUAAGAACCUGA